CUCCUCACUCAGGAGUGCUAUCUGGCUGUCCCCACAGGGAGCUCGGGACCUGCCUGAGGCAUUAAGGUGAAUUCUGUGCUCACUUUUCCUUUCUCUCUCUGUCUGCCUCUCUCACCCUGAGUUCUUAUCUCGUCCUCUGAGAGGUAUGUUAAGUGCUCUGCCAGGCUUGCCUGUGCCUGGCCUGUUUUUUCUCACUGCCAGUACCUCUUGGAUUCCAAUUCCAAACAUGGUAUCCGUCUGGGGUCACCCUUUCUUCCGGUGCCAAGAGAGAACACAUUCCAAAUGGAACACAAGUGUGCCUCCCAUGCUGGCACUCUGCAUUCUGCUUGGGAAAAACAGAGAGCAAGAUGUGGCUGCUUCAUUCCACACUGCUGGGCUUUGCAGUCCUAUAGUCCUACAAUCCCUUGCGACUAUUAAGGUUUUUCUGCUAAGAACCAGAUUUGAAGACUGCCUAAGGAACACGGAACCAAGAGAGCUUGCCAGAGCUCUGCAGGGAGAGCCAGAGCCUUGCUGAGGGAGAGAGAAAGGGAGAGUGAGAGAGAGCGAGAAGUUUUUGAAUUCUCCAUGAAGUGUGCUGUGUUCCAUCAUUCAUUCCCAAAGCCACUGGAAGCAUUCCUUCCCAGGAAGGUGGAGUUGGUGAUGAGAAGCCGGAGGUGAGAAGACCCCUGGGAUUCAUUCAUUUUCUGAAUUUCCUAUGUGAGGACAGUAUUAGAGCCAGUGAGGCUUUGAGAGGCCUCAAAGAUGAGCGCCAACAGCAGCACAGUGGGCCAGCUUCUUUUGCAGGGUUCAGCAUGCAUUAGCUGGAAGCAGGAUGUGGAAGGGGCUGUCUACCACCUAGCCAACUGCCUGUUACUCCUGGGAUUCAUGGGGGGCAGUGGGGUAUAUGGAUGCUUCUAUCUUUUUGGCUUCCUGAGUGCAGGAUACCUGUGCUGUGUGCUGUGGGGCUGGUUCAGUGCCUGUGGCCUGGACAUUGUUCUUUGGAGCUUCCUGCUGGCCUUGGUCUCCCUGCUCCAGCUGGCACACCUGGUAUACCGCCUGCGUGAGGACACCCUCCCUGAGGAGUUCGACCUCCUCUACAAGGCGCUGUACCUGCCCCUGCAGGUGCCCCUACAGACAUACAAGGAGAUUGUUCAUUGCUGUGAGGAGCAGGUCUUAACUCUGGCCACUGAACAGACCUAUGCCAUGGAGGGCGAGACACCCAUCAACCGCCUGUCCCUGCUGCUCUCUGGCCGGGUUCGUGUGAGCCAGGAUGGGCAGUUUCUGCACUACAUCUUUCCAUAUCAGUUCAUGGACUCUCCUGAGUGGGAAUCACUACAGCCUUCUGAGGAUGGGGUGUUCCAGGUCACUCUGACUGCUGAGACCUCAUGUAGCUACAUUUCCUGGCCCAGGAAAAGUCUCCACCUUCUUCUGACCAAAGAGCGAUACAUCUCCUGCCUCUUCUCGGCUCUGCUGGGCUACGACAUCUCGGAGAAGCUCUACACUCUCAAUGACAAGCUCUUUGCUAAGUUUGGGCUGCGCUUUGACAUCCGCCUUCCCAGCCUCUACCACGUCCUGGGUCCCAUUGCCGCAGAUGCAGGACCAGAGUCUGAGAAGGGUGAUGAAGAAGUCUGUGAGCCAUCUGUGUCCCCUCCUCAGGCCACGCCCACAUCUCUCCAGCAGACACCCCCUUGUUCUCCCCCUCCAGCUGCCACCAGCCUUCCUGCACCUCCUUCCCGGGCCAGGAUGUCCAGGCCCGAUAGUGGCAUCCUGGCUUCUAGAAUUCCUCUUCAGAGCUGCUCUCAAGUUAUAUCCAGGGGACAGGCCCCUUUGGCUCCAACCCACACGCCUGAACUUUAAGGAUCAUUGGACUACCUUCUUCUCUGUGGCCAGCACAGCUCUCUCUGUGUUCACAGAAUGGUCACUGAUAGGCACGCCUCUUUCCCCACCCACUGGAAGGCUCCCGGGCAAGGUGAGAGAUGACACAGAAGGUGCCAACACUGUCGCUACAGCAAGGGCCCUGGGUGACUUUGAGAAAUUCACCUUCACAAGCCUUCCUUCAGGAGCAGGCAUUGGAAAUGCAGAUGCACAGAAUCCAUCCUUUACCAGCUGCAGAGUCUUGGGCAAGUUACAUAGCCACCGUGAGCCUCAUCUGAAACAGUGGGGUUAUGAAACUCACCUCACUGUGUUGUUGCGAGGGUCUCAUGAGUUGAUUUAGGUAAGCACCUAGGACAUGGUGUGGCAUCAAGUAAGCAGUCAAUAAAUCACUCAACUCCUU